UCUUUCUGGAAAAUCAUCAUCAUCAUCAUCCAUGGCGGAAUCAUCCUCUCUACGUUGUUUGCUCUCUCCGAAUCUCCUAAAUGCAAAGAAAAAAGUUUCUCCACGCCCUCCUCUUCUUCCGAUUUCUUCUCUCUCAAGGAAACACGUAUAGUAUUACUCUUCUUUCUCUACCUUGCAGAAAUUAAUGGAGAAGGGAGCUCAAGAUCAGUGAAGCGUCUGAUAACUUUAUCUCCUUCUGAAGGAAAAUGGAACGGUCACUGGGACACUCACUACAAUGUCUCUCUGCGUGAUCUUCAACUCCAAGAUCUUGUCGAAAAUGGCCCUUCUAAUCCACGAGUCGCUGUCCAUCUCUCUGUUCAAAGGCACGCAAGCAUGGGGCUUUCAGUAGAUGGAAGAAUCGUUACAUCUUUCUCAAGAAAGUGCAGCAUUUGCUCCUCUGCUUACCCUCGACUGAUCGAUACGAACUUCACGGUCUGGAUUUUACCAUCAAGUCGGGAAACUCGAGCUUCAACACUGCCAGAAAUUGGCGGUGAUGAUCCUUCCGUGAUAUAUGUGAGACCUGGAUACGAAGCUAAUCUUGAUUCCCUUGUACAAGACACUAUCCGGCUCACAACUUAUGCUAAAGAUAUAUGCUCAGAUUCCUGCGAAAAAUCGGAACCUACACUGCAUUAUGUUGGUGAGACAAAUACAGCUUCUGUUCAUAUGAGAUGGUCAAGAUUACUUGAGCUUAAAAUGAAGAAGAAG